AUGGACGUCAGCAUUCAGAGAGCUCUGAACGACAAGCUGUACGACAAACGCAAGGUUGGCGCACUCGAGCUUGAACGCGUUAUCCGUGAACUUGUUGUAGCUAGAGAUUACCCCAGAGUCCAGGCCAUCCUCGAACAGCUCUGCAAUGAGUUUGCUUACGCCGUCCACCAACCUCAUGCCAGAAAUGGAGGUUUAAUAGGUUUGGCUGCAGCUGCCAUCGCCCUUGGUCAUGAGUUACCCCGCUACCUCGAGAAGAUCGUGCCACCAGUGCUCGCAUGCUUCACCGACCAAGAUGCCAGAGUCAGAUAUUACGCAUGCGAAGCCAUGUACAACAUUGCCAAGGUUGCCAAGGGGGAGAUCUUGAUAUACUUUAACGAUAUCUUUGACGCUCUCUGCAAGCUGGGAGCAGAUUCCGAGCUAUCCGUUAAAAACGGUGCUGAGCUACUCGAUCGCCUCAUUAAGGACAUUGUCUCUGAAUCAGCUGCUUCAUACGUCUCGGUCCUUGAGGGGGAGCUGGGCCAGGAAAUCACCGACAAGGACGAGCUUCAAGACCGUUCUCCUCCUCCCACUGCCUUCUCCUUGCGCCGCUUCAUCCCUUUGCUCCAGGAACGUAUUUGGGUCAUCAAUCCCUUUACUCGCCAAUUCUUGGUGGGCUGGAUUACCUUGUUGGACUCUAUUCCCGAUCUCGAACUUGUCACUUUUCUUCCCGACUUUCUGGGAGGCUUGCUCAGAUUUUUGAGUGACCCAAAUAGAGACGUGCACGUUGCAACGAGAGCCUGCCUCGACAAGUUCCUUAAUGAGAUCAAGAGAAUAUCUAGGAUCAAGAAAGGCAUCGCCGAGAGCAAAAAGUCGCGCGAGGGGGGCAAGCGGAAGCGUGAAGAGUCGGUCGAUUCGGGUAGUGUCCAGAUUGGUCCUGAAGAAGGUGAUGAGGUGCACUCCCAAACCGAUGACAGCGAGAGCAGCGGCGAGGAAGAUUGGAUACCCGGCCAGGAUGUUCAGAUUAACUACCGAAAGAUACUUGAGAUAUUGACCGCUACUCUUGACUCUCCUCUUGAAGAGGAUUCUCUCUUGGAGUCUCUACGAUGGAUCGUGGAGUUCUUAGAUAUCUGCCCGGAGGAAGUACUGCCGUUCACUCCAAAGAUUCUGGCUCAUAUGCUGCCCGCUAUGGCCAGCGGCGUCGAAUCUAUCCGACAAGCUGCUGCUCGUGUCAACGCCGGCUUGAUGGACUAUGUGGUCUCCCUCUCGGAUGAACCCGAAAUUGGCGGACCGUCUCAAUCCGCGUCACGCAUUCCAGUUUCUGGCGAAAGACAAGAUGGCCCCUCUAGUGCGCGGGCUUCUCUAUCUAGUUCUCGAGACCUCGAGCUGAGGAGCCCGACCCCAGCUCAGGGCCACAGCCGUUCCCUCUCAACCCCCAAUCCGCCCUACACAAGCAACCAUCCCCAGGUGGAUCUAGACUAUGCUGCAGCAGUAAACGCCUUGACCCUCCUGUUUCUCAACGAUCAUGAGGCGACUCGGGUUGCUGCUUUGACAUGGCUGAUUAUGCUUCACAGAAAGGCCCCCAGAAAAGUGCUCGCUUUCAACGACGGGACUUUCCCUGCCCUGCUUAAGACGCUCUCUGACCCAGCUGAGGCUGUUGUUACCAAAGAUCUGCAACUUCUCUCGCAAAUCUCUCGCAACAGCGAAGAUGACUACUUCUCCAACUUCAUGGUGAAUUUGUUGCAGCUGUUUGCUACUGACAGAAAACUACUGGAGACGCGAGGGAACCUCAUUAUCCGCCAACUUUGCGUGAGUCUAAGUGCAGAGCGAAUCUAUCGCACGCUUGCAGAUUGCAUAGAAAAGGAGGAAGAUGUUGAGUUUGCCAGCAUUAUGGUGCAGAAUCUGAACAACAACCUUAUUACAGCCCCAGAGCUGUCUGAACUGCGCAAGAGGCUUCGUAACCUUGAGUCAAAGGAUGGCCAAACAUUCUUUGUUGCCCUGUUCCGCUCGUGGUGCCACAACGCUGUAGCCACAUUCUCCCUUUGCCUGCUCGCGCAGGCUUACGAGCAGGCCUACAACCUCUUGCAGAUCUUUGCUGAGCUGGAGAUGACGGUGAAUAUCCUCAUCCAGAUUGACAAGUUGGUUCAGUUGAUAGAAUCUCCUGUGUUCACAUACCUCCGCCUGCAGUUGCUGGAGCCCGAGAAGUUUCCUCAUUUGUACAAAUGUUUGUACGGCCUGUUGAUGCUCCUUCCGCAAUCCUCAGCAUUCGCUGCCCUCAAGAACCGUCUGAACGCUGUCAGCUCCAUUGGCUACCUUCACAUUGCCCCCAAAGUUAGCCCCCCAUCCGCCGCGAGCUCGACCUACGACAGACCGAACAGACUGAAGAGUCGGGAAGACAGCAUCAUUCGAUGGAACGAAUUGCUGGAAAAGUUCCGCACGGUUCAAGAAAGAGCUCGGCGAGCUCAGAGACACUCGGGCGACGUCGACGACGGUCGAAGUAGUCUUGGACUUGCGGAUAUGCGCCUGGGGGAAGGUCUUGACACAAAAGGCCUCAAGGAGGCACGUAACUCAAGUGGUCCUCCCGUCCCUGUCAAGGACCCUCCUCCUGCUGCGCCGCCGGCAGCCAAGAGGUCGGGUCUCGGUAUGAGACAGAUUAGGAACCUGGGAGGCGCAGUCAGGGGGAAGCGGCCCGGUUGA